CGAAUGUUACAAUAAAAAAUAAUGUAAACGAAGUGAACGAAGGAAGAACUAUAUCCUUAUGCAGUUAUGUUGAUAGCAAUCCAGCACCAGAUGCAAUUUGGUGGUCAAGAGGUUAUAACAGACUAAUUAGUAGCUUUAAUAUAACUUCAUCUUGCUUAGUAAUUUCAAAUAUAACCAGAAAUAACAACGGAACUUAUACGUGUACAGCAAAAAAUCAAAUUGGCGAAGGAUCGACAACUUCAACAGUUAUAGUAAAAUAUCCACCAAAUGUUAAGUUAGAAUAUAAGAACGUAACUAUCGAUACACGGAAAAGGAACAUGCAGUGUAUAGCAGACGGAAUACCGACAAAGUACACGUAUAGUCCGUGGGAACAUCGAUCUGAAUAUAAUGAACACAUACGAUAUUUAGAUUCCUCAAGCACAGGAAUACUCAUUCUUCCAAGUAGCGAAUCGAAGUUAAAUAGGUAUCAAGACAGUGGAAUUUAUAUAUGUAGAGUUACAAAUGGUAUUCCAGAUGUAAACAGUAAUUAUGAACAUGCAGGGAAAGGGUAUUUUGUUUCGGAAGGUCCUCCAGUAAUCGUGCAGGAGAACAGUCCGACGCAGUACGGCUUAACAGGACAGCAAACUAUUAUCAAACUGAAUGUUUUGAGUUAUUCUGAUUUAAUUUGCAAUGAGAUAAGUAAGGUACAUGGUAUAUUGGAACCUAAAGAUCCUUCAAGGAUAACAAUUGACUCCGUGAAAGUAAAGGAUGUUUUUCAUGGAGUAAACGUGUCAGUGAAUGGACUUGAAGUUGCAUUUCAUUUUACCAAGUUGACACCAAGCCAUUUUCAUAUGUAUAAUAUUACUGUAUGUAAUAAAUUUGGAAGUCAAAGCUUUAUCGUAGAUCUAAUUUCAUCCAACAACAAAGAGACAGAUAGGAAAUGGAACAAUGGAAAGCCAACAGUUACAAUAGUCUUAGUUUCUAUUGUCGUAUGUUUUGCUAUCAUUCUGAUCAUAAUAGUGAAAAUGAAGAAAAGGACCGGCAACAGAAAUAUUGACGAAAAUGAAGAAAAUGUUGAAGGACUCGCCGAACCCGUAGAAAAUGUCAUGUAUCAUUCAGUCCAGCAAGACCAGAACAGUAUGAUGCCAUCACCUGUCAGUACGUUGCUACCAGAUAACACAAGUAGCAAUGGCACGGUUUCAGACACUGGAACUAUAGCAUACUCGAAUGGCAUAAUUGAACAAUCUAUGGAAAGCCGACUGAAUUAUGCUGACGUCAUGUUUGAACCAUCAGCUUCACAAGACCCAGUAAGAAUAAUUGGUUUGGAUGACAGGACAGUGUAUGCGGAUGUCGAUAUAUCUCUAGUGGCUCAAUGUCCUUCGGGAAGACAGAGUGAUACAAGCAGCAGUGAGGAUGAUUUUGUUUACAUAGAUGGCAUUGAAAAUUACAUAGAAAAAAGGGAGGCAAACGAUUAAAUUAUGAAAAUUUGAUUUAACUGUCUUUUGAGACUUAUUUGAAUAAUAAUGUGUUUCUUCUGUAAAGUUGUUAUAUUAAAUUGGAUUAUAUUUGUUUUAAUUCCAUUGAUUAAACACUAUCUUGUAUAAAAUUGUAUUAUUGAUAUAAUUGCUAUUAACAAAAAUUUAUUUUACAGCAUUAAAAAAGGGUAAUGUUGCACUAUAAAAAUAUUUAAAAUUUACAAAGAAGUCUAAAUUCCAUAAAAUAAAAGGCAAUGUCAGGUAUAAAAGAAUACGAUAGAAUACAAAACAACGC